GGAUUGUUGUUGUCAUCAAGAUGGAGUUCUUGUUGGGGAACCCGUACAGCACUCCCGUUGGCCAGUGCAUUGAAAAGGCCACAGACGGCUCACUGCAGAAUGAGGACUGGAUGCUCAACAUGGAGAUCUGUGAUAUCAUUAAUGAGACCGAGGAAGGGCCCAAAGAUGCCAUGCGCGCGGUGAAGAAGAGACUUAACGGCAACAGGAACUUCCGGGAAGUGAUGUUGGCUCUGACUGUGUUGGAAACUUGUGUGAAAAACUGCGGCCACCGUUUUCACGUCCUUGUGGCUAACAGAGACUUCAUCGAAGGGGUCAUGGUGAAGAUCAUCACUCCUAAGAACAACCCCCCUGCCAUAAUACAGGACAAAGUGCUGUCACUGAUUCAGGCUUGGGCAGAUGCUUUCAGGAGUAGCCCAGACCUCACUGGAGUUGUACAUAUUUAUGAGGAGCUGAAGAGGAAAGGAAUUGAGUUUCCCAUGGCAGAUCUGGACGCUCUGUCACCAAUCCACACACCUCAACGGGGUGUACUAGAGGUGGAUCCAGGCACACACAAGUACAGUGUGCCCUCCCAGCCCAAGACAGAAUCUCAGACGGCCCCUAAACCUGUCGCUACUCUGACCCAAAACUUCGAGCCCACCCAGAUCCCAACUGUAUCGGGUCCCAUUACAGCAAACCCAGAGCAGAUCGCAAGGUUGAGAAGUGAGCUUGACAUUGUGCGUGGGAACAGUAAAGUGAUGUCAGAGAUGCUGACAGAGAUGGUGCCGGGCCAAGAGGACACUUCUGAUCUUGAACUACUCCAGGAGCUGAACCGGACUUGUCGAGUCAUGCAGCGCAGGGUAGUGGAGCUCAUCUCUCGCGUUGCAAACGAGGAGAUCACCGAAGAGCUGCUGCAUGUCAACGAUGAUUUAAACAACAUCUUCCUGCGCUACGAGAGGUACGAGAGAUACAGAGUUGGCAGAUCUGCACAGAACAACAGGGUCCUGAAUGAGGCAUCAGAGGGGGAUAACCUGAUAGAUCUGGGUCCUGGUUCUUCAGCAGUGGUCACUCCUCGGGUCAGCUCUACACCCACUCAUACACCUGCAUCCACCAUGCAGCCUUCUGCUGCUGCUGCUGAUGUUGCAAGUACUGUCUUCCUCUCCACACAGCUGGCAGGACUUGAUGUAGGUGCAGACAGCGUUAGCGGCACUCUCAGCUCUCUCUCCGCUCACAACCCUCAGGAUGACUUUGACAUGUUCGCCAACACCAGGUCCAGCUCUCUGGCUGACCAACGAAAAAAUGUUAAAUAUGAGGACCCUCAGGCUCUGGUUGGCCUGGCAUCUGCUUUAGACAUCAGACAGCAGAACGCCACUGGGCUGAGUGUAAAAGAUCCUAACGCAGAGCUGGAGCCCAUAGACAGCUGGCUCAUUACCCAAGGAAUGAUCCCUGUAUCCCAGUCCUCUGUCAUGGAUGACAUUGAGGAGUGGCUCUGUGCUGAUGUGAAAGGUGAAGAGGCUGAAGAAGGAGUAACAAGUGAAGAGUUUGACAAGUUCUUAGAGGAGCGGGCCAAAGCCGCAGACAAGGCCUUACCGCUGGCUCCCAGUGGAGAACCCAGACCUCCCAUGAGUGCACCUAGCAGCAGCCGCAAGAAGGCGGAACGGACAGAAGACAAUCUCUUUGCUUUGUAGAACAUUGAAUGGAGAGAUACUCUUCGCUGUUGGAUGAGCUUCACCACAGUGUCCGCAACCCUAUUCCCUCCAGCUUCACCUUCCAAACACUUGCUGUUCUAGCCUGUUCUGAUGUUAUACAGCAACAAGACCCCCAUCUAAUAUCCCCCAUCCCCUACUGGAGCACAGCUAAUAGAGCACUGUAAAAUCAGGCUACCACUUGAUUACGACUAUUACCGUAACCUUCAAGGAGUGGGACGGGAUAGUGGAGCAUUGACGUCAAAGAAUAUGUAGCCAAAAAUAAUUACGAGGUUGAGAUUGGUCAUUGCGUGAUGCGUUAAGCUAAUUUGUUUAAUUCCUGCCCAAUAUCAGAUGCUCAGUCGAAUAGCGCUGUUUUGUUUUGCAUUUAUUGCAUUUAUUAACUAACUAAUGGUCUUAAAAUUUGCCAUUCAAUGAGAUGAACUCUUUGCUAUUGUUAGCUAAAUCCUGUGGGCUCAUUUUUUUUGUAGCGGUCAGGUGAGGUGGUGAAUCAAAUAUGGAUUUUGACUCAACCUGUCCUGGUGGUAAACAGAGCAUAGGAAAUCAUGAGAUCCUAAUCAAGUAUAGGAGCACAGAGACAGCUGUGCCAAGCACAAGAGAAAAUCAAAAAGACAAGUCUGCACACGGUCUGCUGCUCGUGAUUGGCUGUCUCAUACAUGAUUACGAGGGUCUGAUGAAUGAAAAUAGCUGCAUUCAUGUAAUCAUCAUGUGCAAAAGACCAAAGACAGUUUCGAGUAAACUUGUUUUCAAUGGACAACGUUUUACUAAAGAAUUUGUUCACUUUUUCCAAAGAUUUGAGGUUAUGUCACUGUAAAUGCAAGGGUAUUCCUCGUUUUUCCGCGUACCGGUACGUCUCGCGCACGGUUGAGCACUCAGUCUUUCAUAGUGUACUCGGUCGAUUGAGAUGCAUACGCACUAUGUCUUUUAGCAGAUUCAACGGCAAUUUUAAAAUUACAGUAGGGCAAUAUACCAGUUGCAGUGUUGCCAGAUCUCACAAGAAAAUAAAGUGACCUGAUCUGGAAAAACAAGCUCAAAAUUAGUGACUUUCCUCACCCAAAAUAAGUGAAAAUCAUUUAUCAAAUGUUUUUACCAUUUGAGUGCAUUAUUAGCAUAGAAAUCAUAACAAGCAUAGAAUACAGUAGCCUAUAUAAAAUAACAUCUUUUCAAUAAAUGUAUUCUUAAUAUAAAAAUAUCCCUAAAAGUUUAAAUAUCUCUCUCCUACAUGCACAGGCACAUUUGGACUAAACAUCACCUUGUACCCACAGAGAGCGCAUACCUAGACCAUGUUCUUCUGUAGCUAAAAAAGCCCUGAAUCAACUUUAUUCUGAUUUAAUAACCAACAUUUGGGUAAAACAGAAGGGAGCACACACUCAUUGCUUUUCACUUUUUAGCUUUAAUAAGCCAUAUGAAACUGAACAUUAUCGGAAAAAUAAGGCUUCAAAAAAAUGAAAUACAGAUAAUUACAUUUUAAUUACAGAUCUUCUCAGUCAAAACCUAUCAGCAUCAAAUCUGUAUAAAUGCAUCUUAUAUCUAUCUACAUCCACAUCGUUACAUCAGGCAAAGAAAUGUGUGACGGAGCAGUUUCCUUCAGAUCAAAGCACAUGCACGUGUUCUACUAAAAAGAGAGAAGCCUAAUUUUUUCAGGCAACAGGAAGUGGUGUAAUUCCGAAAAUUUACUGUAAUAAACCCUUUGGUCUUUGGAUUCAUGAAAAACAUUAUCGGAACAAAAUUAACCGGUUAUCAGCGUUUAAAAAUAAUGUUUUCACUCCAGAACAAUUAAAAUGGACUUUGUUCCUGUUUUCGGUUACAUUCUGCAAAAAAUGUAGUUCUUUUUUUUGGCUUUCGUUUUCACUCCUUCAGUCCCUGAUUUCCAGUAUCCUGCGUUCAGAUCCUUAUGAAUGGGAGUGAAUGGAGCGCAAAGUGUUGUGUGACCACACCUUUACGUGCACUGUGCGCGAGACGUACCGGCACGCGGAAAUCCAAAGUAUACUUUGGACUUUCGUUAAUUAAGACUUUCGUUGGAGCUUGUGUCUCCGGUCUCCCUUGUUUGGAUGUGUAUGAAUGGGAGUGAAUGGAGCACAAUGUGUAAUGUGCCUGAAAAUGAAUGUGCACUGUGCGCGAGACAUACCGACAUGCACUGUGGACUUUUGUUGAUUAGGACUUUCGUUGAAGCUUAUGUUUCCGGUCUUCUGCAGUUGGAUGCAUAUGAAUAGCAGUUAAUGAAGCGCAAAGUGUAGUGAGCGUGUAAGUGUACACACACUUUGCGUGAGAUGUUCUGGCACGCGGAAAACCAAAGUAUACUUUUUUCAGUUUCAUUGAUUCUAAAAUGCAAGACAUUUGUUUAGAAAAAAAAAAUGAAAUCUGCAGUGGUAAAGCGACCGGAAAUUGUUUGUAUUAUGCAAAUGAUAAGUGAUGCAUUAUGCUAAUCGUAUUUGCAAAUGACCAGCCACGGCGACUACCAGUUGGAGUGUAGACGGUGGAGAUUACGUAAUCCAUGACCUUAAACAUUCGGAUACUACAGUCAAGUAGGAAUGCCUACAAACAACCAUCAGCGACUUGGCGACCUCCAGCGAUUUCAUCGCUGUCGGUGUGAACGCACCUUUGGGAAGAAAAUGAUGUCAGAUUCCUCUGUUAUCUUGCCUGGUUGCAACGAUCGAUUUUAGUAAGUUAAGGGUGAAAUUUGCUAAAGCACAUUUAGCAAUGAAAGAUAGUAAAGAGUUUUUUUUUUUUUUUUUUUGCUAUGCUAGACCUAAUGAAGAGUUAUGUUAGCCUAAUUGCAUUUGUAUAAUAUGUAUCCAUAAGUAUGCAUAAAUUAGAAAAAUGUGUAUGAUACUUAAGGGUAAUGUUAAUAUAAAUGUCUAAUUGGGUCCCUCCUUUUUUGUUAUUUGUCAUGUAAGAUUAUAUUCCAUGUGGUUUCAUGGCUUUGCGGAAUUUCUCUUCGGUUUCAUUCCAGUCGGUGUACUUUUGAUUUAAUCAUGCUAAAUGUUGCACUGCUAUCGCCCCAACAACAUGAGCUUAAUGUUUCGGGAAGAUGUUCACUUCAGUCUUAUAUGUAUUACACUCAAAGACCUCAAAAUGUUUAAAUCUUAAGGAUAAGGAUGGGAAGGGCUUUUGUUAAUCUUUGUCACCAGCCAAAUCUAACCUUUUUCAGUCUUGUGAUUUCCCCAUAAAUCAGUGAAAGCAGCUGUUAAAUUGUAAGUCAGGAGUUUAUGCUUUAGGCUUUACUUGAAUAUGAGGCUGCAAGUCAAAGUGAACUUAAACAUCUUCAGAGCAUUAGAUCUUAAUCAAUGAGGGCUCGUCGGGUUUCUUAACCAAGGCCCUUUAAAGAUAUCUAUGAAUAGCAUUCGUUAUGCCAUAAUGUAAUAAUUAAUAGAUUAACUUAGAUCUGCAGAGUCAAAUAUAUCUAUUUUUGUUUUCAGCCUUUUGCUAAUUACUUGUAAGAAGGAAAGUGUGAUACCAAUUAGUAAUACAUUGCUUGUCCUAAAAAGAGCUCUGCUUUCAUCUGGUGGCAAUCAUUAUUUGGAUUAACUGAUUAAAUGAAUGUUGCCAUGUGGCAUUUAGAAUCUUAACUAUUCUGAUUAUUUAUCUAAUAAUGUCUAUGAUGUCUUUUAGGAUUAUGAAGUGAAAUAAAAUGACAUAUUUGUCAGAUUUGUUGUUUAAUCCAAA